GCCGAACGGAAAAGGCCGAGCUCGGGAGAGACCGGAAAUAAGGGCCCAGUCGAGUCUCCGAUCUGCAGAGACAUAGUUGCAUAGUGCAAAGUGCUUAGGCGUAGAUCGAUGGUUGUAAUGGCUGACUGAUAUUAGCCAAGAAAGAAAGGAACUUCUUGUGAUUGUGAAGGAAGAUUCAAGGUUCGUCUCAGCCGAAUUCCAAUCUUGUUCUGUUCCGAUUCAAAGAAUCCAUUAUCAAAUACCGCAAUUCAAUCCAAGAAGAAGAAGAUUCGAUUGAUCAACAAUGGCGGAAUUCAUGGACCUGGAGGCGCAGGACGGUGUUCGAAUGCCCUGGAACGUCUUGCCGGGGACCAAGCAAGAGGCCACCGCUUCUUGCGUCGUUCCCGUCGCUGCCAUCUACACUCCCAUCAAAUCCUUCCCCAAUAUGCCCGUUCUUCCUUACACUCCUCUUCGCUGUCGUACCUGUCGUUCAAUCCUCAAUCCAUUCUCCAUUGUCGAUUUCGUUGCCAAGAUCUGGACCUGCCCCUUCUGCUUCCAGCGUAAUCAUUUCCCUCCUCACUAUGCCUCCAUUACCGACGAAAAUCUCCCCGCUGAGCUCUUCCCUCAGUACACCACUAUUGAGUAUGAAGACAAGCUCGCCACCGGACCUUCCUCCCCCCCUGUUUUUAUGUUCGUCGUCGAUACUUGUAUCAUUGAGGAAGAGAUGGCUUACCUUAAGUCUGCGCUAUCCCAGGCUGUCGAUCUUCUUCCCGAUCACUCCCUCGUUGGCCUCAUCACUUUCGGGACGUUUGUUCAUGUUCAUGAGCUCGGGUUUGGCGAGAUCCCCAAGACUUACGUCUUCAAGGGAUCCAAGGACAUUUCCAAGGACCAGCUUCUCGAGCACUUGAGCUUCUUCCUCAAGAAGCCGAAGCCGCCCGUUGGUGUCAUUGCCGGCGCUAGGGACGGCCUCUCCAACGACGCCAUAGCCCGGUUCCUCUUGCCUGCUUCCGAGUGCGAGUUUGUACUCAAUUCGGUGUUGGAGGAGCUGCAGAAAGAUCCUUGGCCGGUUCCAGCUGAUCAGCGCGCACCAAGGUGCACCAGCACAGCGCUUGGUAUUGCAGCCAGCUUGUUAGGAGCGUGCUUUCCUGGGACUGGAGCUAGAAUUAUGGCAUUUGUGGGUGGUCCAUCCACCGAAGGACAGGGUGCUAUUGUUUUGAAAAAUCUAUCUGAACCUAUUCGUUCACACAAGGACCUGGAUAAAGAUUCUGCUCCCCAGUUUCAUAAGGCUGUUAAGUUCUACGAGGGACUUUCAAAGCAGCUUGUUAAUCAAGGACAUGUACUUGAUCUUUUUGCUUGUGCCCUUGACCAGGUGGGAAUUGCUGAACUUAAGGGUGCUGUUGAGAAAACUGGAGGGCUUGUUGUACUUGCAGAGAGUUUUGGCCAUUCAGUAUUUAAGGACUCACUUAAACGUGUUUUCCAGUCGGGUGAUCAUGAUCUUGGUUUAGCAACAAAUGGUAUAUUUGAGAUAAACUGCUCAAAGGAUAUAAGAGUUCAGGGCAUAAUUGGUCCUUGUGCAUCUAUGGAAAAGAAAGGUCCUUUAUGUUCUGACACAGUUGUUGGUCAGGGAGGAACAAGUGCAUGGAAGAUGUGUGGCCUUGACAAAGCUACAUCCUUGUGUCUAAUGUUUGAGAUUGUUAAGAAAGAAAAUCUAGAUGGGAUGGUUCCAUCCAAUAACAAUACGUUUUAUUUCCAAUUUAUAACUUAUUAUCAGCAUCAAAGUGGUCAAAUGAGACUACGUGUUACAACUCUCUCAAGAAGAUGGGUAGCCGGACAAGGAAGUGUACAAGAAUUGAUUGCUGGAUUUGACCAAGAAGCAGCUGCAGUAGUCAUGGCACGUCUGGUUUCUUUUAAAAUGGAAACAGAGGCAGAGUUCGAUCCUAUUAGAUGGUUAGAUAAAGCAUUGAUACAUAUUUGCUCACGGUUUGGAGAUUACCAAAAAGACAGCCCGUCUUCUUUCAGCUUAUCUCCUCGAUUGUCUAUAUUCCCUCAAUUUAUUUUUCAUUUAAGACGUUCUCAAUUUGUUCAGGUUUUUAACAACAGCCCAGAUGAGACUGCAUACUUCAGAAUGAUCCUAUAUCGGGAAAAUGUUGCCAAUUCAGUUGUCAUGAUUCAGCCUUCGUUGAUCUCAUACUCAUUUCAUUCAGGCCCAGAACCAGCACUUCUUGAUGUUGCUGCCAUUGCAGCUGACAGGAUUUUACUUUUGGAUUCUUAUUUUACUGUUGUGAUUUUUCAUGGUUCAACUAUUGCUCAGUGGCGAAAAGCUGGAUAUCAUAAUAUGCCUGAACAUCAGGCAUUUGCCCAGUUGCUGCAAGCUCCUCAUGUUGAUGCAGAUGCAAUAGUGAAGGAAAGAUUUCCAGUUCCUCGUUUAGUGGUUUGUGAUCAGUAUGGUUCUCAGGCUCGGUUUCUUUUGGCAAAACUGAAUCCGUCAGCUACAUACAACAAUGAUGCUCCUCUACCUGGAGGCGAUGUCAUCUUUACCGACGAUGUUAGUUUUGAAGUCUUCUUGGAUCAUCUCCAGAGAUUAGCAAUUCAAUAAAAACACAUUAUGAACCCGGCGCUUCAAUGUCUCAUUAUCUAAAUGCUUCUUCACUUCUUCCACCAGUGACUGCAUUAUGCGUUCCCAGUAUAUGUAAAUCAUUAACUUAAUUAUUGUAAGUAGAACACACAUUAUAUAUAUUUAGAUACAGAUAUUGUGUACCUGGAAAAUAAGAUCAGGAGACACAUCAUGCUCUACGAGAUUUUGAAGCUUUCCCCGGAUGAUAUAUAGCCUGUGAAGAAAAUAUUUUUGUAUAUAUAUAAAUAUUAUAUUCUCAUUUGGAAGUUGAUACUACCUGAUUAUUCUCUUCUAGCUAGCUCUCUAAAGAUUGAGCUCAAAACGUAAUAGAAAAUAAUGACAUUGUAUUAGCUUACAGUUUUGGGCCUUGCUCUUCAAUCAUGUUCUUAGCAAUGUUGGCAAUAUCAUCUUCCCAACCAUUCAGAACUUCCUGAUCUUCUGUAAAGGGAUAACUGCAAUAGUAAUAAUAAAAAAAAUAUGUAGUACAUA